CUUUGCGAGAGGAGGUGGGGGAAGCGGCGCAGGCUGGCCGCCGCCGCCGCCGCCGCCGCCGCCGCGUUUAAGCCUGGAUGGACCUGUUCGGGGACCUUCCGGAGCCGGCACCUCCGGCAGCUGUAGUCGCAGAGAGAGAAGGGCAGCAAGGAUCUUUGCUUUCUGAGGAUCUACCACCAGCCAGCAGCACUGAUCUGGGGGCAGGGGGUUCUUUGCUUUUUGACGAUCUCCCACCUGCCAGCAGUGGAUAUUCUGCUUCACAUCCCACAGAUCAGGUUUCCCUCCCGGUGAGCCAUGGAAAGGGAGAGAAGAGGAAGUCCACUGAGGGAGAGAAGAAUGGGAGUGAAGAACUUGUGGAAAAGAAAGUUUGUAAAGAUUCAGCAGGUAUUCUUGGUCUGAAGGGUUAUGUGGCAGAGAGAAAGGGUGAGCGUGAAGAAAUGCAGGAUGCCCAUGUUGUUCUCAAUGAUAUCACAGAGGAGUGCAGCCCCCUCCCUUCUCAGGUUACACGUGUCUCAUACUUUGCUGUCUUUGAUGGCCAUGGAGGAGUUAGAGCUUCAACCUAUGCAGCACAGAAUCUUCAUCAAAACCUGAUCAGAAAAUUUCCUAAGGGAGAAGUGCCCAGUGUGGAGAAAGCGAUAAGGAGGUGCCUUCUGGACACCUUCAAACACACAGAUGAGGAAUUUCUCAAGCAGGCUUCCAGUCAGAAACCUGCCUGGAAGGAUGGCUCCACGGCAACCUGUGUGCUGGUGGUUGACAACACUCUGUUUAUUGCCAACCUUGGAGACAGCAGGGCGCUUCUGUGUCGUUAUAAUGAAGAGACUCAGAAACAUACAGCCUUAAGCCUCAGCAAAGAACAUAACCCAACUCAGUAUGAUGAGCGAAUGAGGAUCCAAAAGGCUGGUGGCAAUGUCAGGGAAGGGCGUGUGCUGGGUGUCCUGGAGGUCUCUCGCUCCAUUGGGGAUGGACAGUACAAGCGUUUUGGAGUCAUCUCUGUGCCAGAUGUCAAACGCUGCCAACUUACACACAAUGACAGGUUUAUCCUGUUGGCUUGCGAUGGUCUCUUCAAGGUCUUCUCACCAGACGAAGCGGUGAACUUCAUUGUGUCUUGCUUAGAGGACAAAACUAUUCCUACAAGAGAUGCCAAGUCAGCUGCUGAUGCUAGAUAUGAAGCAGCCUGUAACAGGUUGGCUAACAAAGCAGUACAGCGAGGCUCAGCAGAUAAUGUCACUGUGGUGGUGGUCCGGAUCGAACAGUGAUGGGAAGAAUAUGUGCAAGGGAGGUCCUUAGCAGCAUGCAGUGGAGUUAAUAGAACAAGUUAGUGUGGUUGUACGUUUGUGUGUGUAUGUAUGUAAAGUUUUGUUCAUUUUCCCCUUUAAUUGCUCUUAUUUGUAAAUAAAGCAUUUUUUCUAAAGG